AUGUCUGUCCUUCUGGCCCCUUUCAUAUUAAGAACGGCACUUACUUUUGAGCAGCAUGAUUCUCAUGGGGAUGCCGACUCUUCCAUUGGGGCCGAUACCGAGAGCUCAGUCGCCUCUGUUUCUGCUAGUAUCCUUGAAUACCGUCGCAGCCAGGGGCGCACGUACCACAGCGACAAAUUCACCGCGAAUUACUUCUUCCCCAAUGACGAUCAACAAGUCGAGUCUAUGGACUUGACACACCAUUACUUAACGCUUCUUUUGGAUGGUGAACUGUUUCUUGCCCCUGUCAAGGUAGAUUCUAUACAGCGAGUUCUAGAUGUUGGUACCGGAAGCGGUGAGUUCUCUGAAUUUGCCGACCGAUAUCCUAGGACAGAAGUGAUUGGCACGGAUCUUUCUCCUUGCCAGCCCCAAUGGGUUCCCCCGAAUCUUCGUUUCGAAAUUGAUGAUGCUACCCAACCCUGGACGUGGAAGGAAGAUUAUUUCAGCUUUAUUCAUGUCCGAUAUCUCUUUGGUGCCAUUAAAGACUGGGAUGGUCUCUUUAAAGAGGCAUACCGAUGUUGUGCACCAGGAGGCUGGGUACAGUCAGGCGAGGCCGACGUCACAUUCCGUAGUGACGAUGGAACUACCGAGCUGGAACCUGUUUUCAAAACUUACCAGAAGCUCUUUGAAGAUGGUAGUCAAAUUCUAGGUAAUCCCUUCUUCGUCCACGAUGUGCAGCCAAAAGCUUUUCAAGAUGCUGGCUUCACAGAUGUCGAAACCGUUGACUACAAGUUCCCUAUUGGCGGUUGGCCCAAGGAUCCAAGACUCGCCGAGGUCGGUCGGUUUGUCAAGGCCACACUGGAGAACGACUUGGAGGGUUACACUCUCAUGAUGUGGCAAGACGUUUGUCAAUGGCCCAAAGAUGAAUACCAGGUGUUUCUCAUGAGCUUGCGUAAGGCGAUACGGAACCCCAAGGUGCAUAGUUACAUGACUGUGCGUUACGUGUACGGUCGCAAGUAG